AUGGAUUUCUUCAGAAGGGUUGAGGUAAAUAUUCCCCUUCUUGAUGAAAUUAAACAACUACCCCGAUAUGCUAAAUUUUUAAAAGAGUUGUGUACUUCAAAAGGAAAAUUAAAAGGAAACGAAACAGUUAAAGUAAGCGAGAAUGUUACAGCUGUUUUACAAAAAACGCUACCCCCAAAGUGUAAGAAUCCAGGAGUAUUUAUUGUUCCUUGCAAGUUGGGUAACCUUUCAAUGCCAAGAGCUAUGUUGGACUUAGGAGGUGUACUGGAAGACGUUUUGGUUCAAGUGAAUGAAGUCAUAUUCCCAGCUGAUUUCUAUGUUUUGGGUAUGGGAGAUGACGACUCACCAAACUCGAGUUCCAUUCUUUUGGGGAGACCAUUUUUAAAAACCGCCAGAACCAAAAUAGAUGUUUAUGAUGGUACCCUUUCAAUGGAAUUUGAUGGUGAAGUUAUCAACUUCAAUAUUUAUGAUGCCAUGCGUUACGCAGAUGAUGUUUCAGCCCUUAAUUUCAUUGAUGUAAUUGAACCAUUAUCUGCAGAAUAUUUUGAGAUUACUAACCUGCAAGCCCCUAUUUUUGAGCUGAAGACACUUCCAGCACACCUGAAAUAUGCAUAUCUUGGUGAAAAAGAAACAUUACCAGUUAUCAUAUCCAACAAGCUGUCAGAAAAAGAAGAGUUCGAGUUGAUCAGAAUUUUGAAGGAGUAUAAAAGCGCAAUUGGGUGGAAUAUUGCAGACAUAAAAGGACUCAGCCCAUCUCUAUGCAUGCACAAAAUUUUGAUGGAAGAAGAUUAUAAGUCAUCGCAAGAAGCCCAACGCAGAUUAAACCCACCAAUGAUGGAGGUGGUUAAAAAAGAAGUUAUAAAGAUACUAGAUGAUGGGAUAAUAUACGCAAUUUCUGAUAGCAAGUGGGUCAGCCCAGUUCAAGUUGUUCCUAAGAAGGCUGGAGUGACAGUGGUAGAGAACAAGGAUGGAGAGUUGGUUCCAACUCAGGUUCAAAACGGAUGGCGUGUUUGUUUCCAUCAGAUUCCAGUUGCUCCAGAAGACCAGGAGAAAACGACUUUCACCUGCCCUUUCGGGACAUUCGCGUAUAGGUGUAUGCCAUUCGGACUCUGCAACGCACCUGCUACCUUUCAAAGGUGUAUGACAAUAUUUGUUGGGCACAUAAGUCAUAAUCUUUCGGAUUACGCAACCAUUUGGUACCUUCUUGCCAAAAAGGACUCAAAGCCAAGGUUGAUUAGAUGGAUUUUGCUGCUAUAUGAAUUUGAUAUAGAGAUUAGGGACAAAAGUGGGAGAGAAAAUUUGGUAGCUGAUCAUUUUAGUCGACUCACCCCACCUGAAGACCUGACACCGAUCAGUGAAACAUUUCUUGACGAGCAUCUAUUCGCUGUUCAAAACCCUCAUUUGUUUGUUGAUAUAGGAAACUACUUGGUUUCCGGAGAACUCCCUUCAGAUCAUACCCAAGCCCAGAAAGAUAAAAUAAAGAAGGAGGCAAAAAGAUAUGUUUGGGACGAGUCGUAUCUAUGGAAACAGUGUGUUGAUCAGGAUUUCAUGGGUCCGUUUCCGCCUUCUUUUGGGUUUGUAUACAUUUUACUUUCUGUGGAUUACAUGUCCAAAUGGGUUGAGGCAAAAGCUACACGAACUGACGAUGCCAAGGUUGUGGUUGAUUUUGUCAAGACAAAUAUAUUUGCUAGGUUUGGGACACCAAAAGCCAUUAUUAGUGAUAGGGGUACAUAUGUUUGCAACCGCACCCUUGAAGUAGUCCUCAAGAAAUAUGGUGUCACACAUCGGGUAUCCACAGCAUAUCACCUACAAAACAAUGGGCAGGCUGAAGCCUCAAACAGACAGAUUAAGGGCCUUAUAGAGAAAACCAUCAAUUCGGUCAAGAAAGAUUUGAGUAUUCGAUUGGAUGAUGCGUUAUGGGCUCACCAGACAACAUACAAGACUUCUAUUGAAAUUAAGAGUGAACAAACAGGAAAGAUUUUUAACGUAAAUGGUCACCGUCUCAAACCAUUUUACGAAGGGUUUCAAGUUACAAAUGAAGAAGUGGAGGUGGUCGAGGUAGUCCCUUUUUAA